GGGAAGAGAAGGGGAGGAGGGAAACUCUGAAACUGAGGAUACAAUGGAUGUGAAGCUGAUUGAGAAGGAAACAAAGAAAAAGGGAAUAUGGUCUGGGGUAACUUGGAAGAAGAUAGCUCCCCCAUUCUUCCCCGCCCCUACUGCCACCACCCACUGCUGAACUGGGUGGGGUUUGUGUGACCCUGGUUUUUGCAGAUCUAGAGGAGUGCCAGCAGCAUUUUUUGCCGGCGGCUCGUGAUUGGCUAGGACGGGGAUGAGGUCAGCUCUUGGCGGAGUACGCCGCUGUCUGCCCAGCCGCCGGUGCAGCAGCGAGCAGCCUAUAAAAGCCGGCGGCCGGUGAGCACCCAGCUUUCUGCAGCCUGCGAGAACGCGACCCACUUCCCAGCUCCGGACGCUCCCCUUGCAGCAAGUCAGCAAGAUCAGCGAGGAUGAGGGAAAUCGUCCACAUCCAGGCCGGCCAGUGCGGCAACCAGAUCGGAGCCAAGUUUUGGGAAGUGAUCAGUGAUGAACAUGGCAUAGAUCCCAGUGGUAACUAUGUGGGUGACUCAGACCUGCAGCUGGAGAGGAUCAGUGUUUACUACAAUGAAGCCUCAUCUCACAAGUAUGUGCCCAGGGCCAUCCUAGUGGACCUCGAGCCUGGAACCAUGGACAGCGUUCGAUCUGGUGCUUUUGGUCAUCUCUUCAGACCUGACAACUUCAUCUUUGGUCAGAGUGGUGCUGGGAACAACUGGGCCAAGGGUCACUACACUGAGGGGGCUGAACUGGUGGAUUCAGUGCUAGAUGUGGUGAGGAAAGAGUGCGAGAACUGUGACUGUCUUCAGGGGUUCCAGCUCACUCAUUCCUUGGGUGGGGGCACUGGCUCAGGUAUGGGCACCCUUCUCAUCAGCAAGGUCCGGGAGGAGUACCCUGACCGAAUCAUGAACACUUUCAGUGUGGUACCCUCCCCUAAAGUCUCCGACACAGUGGUGGAGCCCUACAACGCAACCCUGUCCAUCCACCAGCUGGUGGAGAACACAGACGAGACCUAUUGCAUCGACAAUGAAGCCCUUUACGACAUCUGCUUCCGCACCCUCAAGCUAGCCACCCCCACCUAUGGUGACCUCAACCACCUGGUUUCUGCCACCAUGAGUGGUGUCACCACUUCCUUGCGCUUCCCUGGCCAGCUCAAUGCCGAUCUCCGGAAACUGGCUGUCAACAUGGUGCCAUUCCCCCGCCUACACUUCUUCAUGCCUGGCUUUGCCCCACUCACAGCCCGUGGCAGCCAGCAGUAUCGAGCUCUAACAGUCCCUGAGCUCACCCAACAGAUGUUUGAUGCCAAGAAUAUGAUGGCAGCCUGCGACCCUCGCCACGGACGCUAUCUGACAGUGGCUACUGUCUUCCGCGGCCGAAUGUCCAUGAAGGAAGUAGAUGAGCAGAUGUUGGCCAUCCAGAGCAAGAACAGCAGCUAUUUUGUGGAAUGGAUCCCCAACAAUGUGAAGGUGGCUGUCUGUGACAUCCCACCCCGUGGCCUGAAGAUGUCUUCUACUUUCAUUGGCAAUAGCACAGCCAUACAGGAGCUCUUCAAACGGAUCUCUGAGCAGUUCACUGCCAUGUUCCGUCGCAAGGCCUUCCUUCACUGGUACACCGGGGAGGGGAUGGAUGAGAUGGAGUUCACAGAAGCCGAGAGCAACAUGAAUGACUUGGUGUCCGAGUACCAGCAGUACCAGGAUGCCACAGCAGAGGAGGAAGGAGAGAUGUAUGAGGAUGAUGAAGAAGAAUCAGAGGCCCAGGGGGCCAAGUGAAGUCACUUGGGGUUGGGCAGGAGGCACUGAGUGGGCAGGACCCAGGAAGAAGCCUGUCGUUGACUGGGGUUGGGACAGAAAGUCUCCCUCACCAGGGCAAGUUUUUUCCAGAUCAUCCAGUCAUCUGACAGAGUCCUCCAUCUUUGCUUCCAGUUAGCUGAGAGCUAGAUACCCGGCUUCUAGUUGCUUCACAUUAAAGGUUCCCAAACUUCAGUCAUUCAGUAUUUAAUAAUGUUCCCCUUCCUUCGUCCCAUCCCCUUACAUCCCCAUUAUGAUGUGUUAGCUCAAUUUCUGUACCCUUUCUACCCCAGAUCCUUUUCCUCUUGCAUUUUUUAACAUAUUUUCCAUAGUCCCAAUGUUCUUAUUUUUUACUGAUUUGUGUUGAUUUUUAUUUUUUGGAAUACUCAAUAAAUUUAUUGCUGUCUGAUACCCUCA